UUCAGUCUACCGCAGCUCUCCGAACGACAAUCAGCAACAAUGACCGGACGCGGCAAAGGAGGAAAAGGUUUGGGAAAAGGAGGCGCCAAACGUCAUCGUAAAGUGCUCCGGGACAACAUCCAAGGAAUCACCAAGCCGGCCAUUCGUCGGUUAGCCCGCCGCGGUGGUGUCAAACGUAUCUCCGGCCUGAUCUACGAAGAGACCCGCGGAGUGUUGAAGGUGUUCCUGGAAAACGUAAUCCGCGACGCCGUCACCUACACCGAGCACGCCAAGAGGAAGACCGUCACCGCCAUGGACGUGGUCUACGCUCUGAAACGCCAAGGCCGCACUCUGUACGGAUUCGGAGUCACUAUGGCACCAGGAGGUAAAUCCGCAGGCAAGGCCAUGAAGAAGUCCGGCAAGGCGCAGAAAAACAUCACCAAGUCCGACAAGAAGCGCAAGCCGAAGAGGAAAGAAUCGUACGGUAUUUACAUCUACAAGGUGUUGAAACAAGUCCACCCCGACACCGGCGUUUCCUCCAAGGCGAUGAGCAUCAUGAACAGCUUCGUCAACGACAUUUUCGAACGCAUCGCCGCCGAAUCCAGCCGUCUGGCCCACUACAACAAGCGUUCGACCAUCACCAGCCGGGAGAUCCAGACCGCCGUCCGUCUGCUGUUGCCCGGUGAAUUGGCCAAGCACGCCGUCAGUGAAGGCACCAAGGCCGUGACCAACUUCAGUCUACCGCAGCUCUCCGAACGACAAUCAGCAACAAUGACCGGACGCGGCAAAGGAGGAAAAGGUUUGGGAAAAGGAGGCGCCAAACGUCAUCGUAAAGUGCUCCGGGACAACAUCCAAGGAAUCACCAAGCCGGCCAUUCGUCGGUUAGCCCGCCGCGGUGGUGUCAAACGUAUCUCCGGCCUGAUCUACGAAGAGACCCGCGGAGUGUUGAAGGUGUUCCUGGAAAACGUAAUCCGCGACGCCGUCACCUACACCGAGCACGCCAAGAGGAAGACCGUCACCGCCAUGGACGUGGUCUACGCUCUGAAACGCCAAGGCCGCACUCUGUACGGAUUCGGAGGUUAAUUCCCGACGACCGUUCGCUUUGCACCCUACCUACUGUUCUUUAAAACGGCCCUUUUCAGGGCCACCAUUUUAUAUUAUUUACAAUAUUAUCGGUUAACGUUCAUAUGUCAUUUAAUGCAGUCGAGUAUAUUUAAUGAGUGUUCUAAGUAUAUAUACCGUAUAAACUAACAUAACGUUAUAGUGUAUUGCCUUUAUAAUAACAUACACGAGUAGUUUUAACGGUAUACUAUGUAAUUGUUCAAAUUAAUAUUUUAUAGUACAUACAGAAUAAUAUGUACUCCGUA